AUGACCGCCGCCCGGAGGAUCCAUUUUCGGGGGCCCUGGCAGGCGGUGGACAUGGACAUGUUCCGGCUCCCAGGGGCCAAACGUGUCCAUCUCCACCGCCCGCUGGGGCACCAGGAUGUUGCGCCCCAGGCGGUGGAUCUGGAUGAACCCCCGCCUCGCAUUCUUGCCACCGAUCCAGCGCCGCCGGGCCGCUCCACGCUGCCACGUUUGGCAGCGCCCUGCCGCCUCGGCUGCGACGGGCCGCCUCGCCGCCGGGCCGCGUCGCGGCAGACCUUGUGUGGUCGACGGCGGAGCCGUGGCCUCUCUCGUAUCUGCCGCGGCGCGGCGGCGUCCGGGGCCUUGGGCACGGCGGCGUCAGUGUCUCAGCAUGUCUCCGUCUUCUGUGGAGUCAGCGCUCCAGUCUUCCAGGCGGGAUGGAAGGCGCGUGGUGUUACAGGGCUUCCCAGCACCAGGACGCUCGGCCCGCAGUGCGCUCAAUAG